AUGUCCGCUUCCGAAGUCCUCUCCGCUCUCCACUCAGAAACCCCUGUCGAACUUCUCUCUGCUUUCCUUGCCAACCGCCCCGUCGAACUCCUCUCCGCCUUUCUCUCUGUCCAACCCCUCGAGCCUGUCCUGAUCUUCACCUCCGCCGAAGACGCAGCCCUCUUCCGAUUGCGCUGCAAGCAAGGUCGCAUCCUGCCAGAUUUGCCCCAGACAUGGGUGUACCUGCCCAUGCCUGAGGGGUUGCUACGUGUGCGUACAGCGCAUAUGGGGAAUGUGGCGUUUGAGUUUAGUAGUGGGCAGGCUGCGAGAGGGUUUAAUGCUGGGAUCAAGGGUCUAGGGGAGAUCCGUGGGGAUCCUGGGGAGGAUAGUAUCGUGAAUCUGGGGAUGGAAAAUUAUUAG